GUUCCCCCUUGCAGAAAGUCGCCAUGCCGUCGGGCAGCAAAAAAGACAAGAAGGAGAAAAAGGACGAGGCUGAAAAGGAAAAUGUGAAGGAGGAAGAUAUCGAAAGUUACAAGAAACGGAAGAUUGCGGACCUCGAAAAUCUGGGCCGAAGCGGUGGUGUAUAUGUCCCUCCCUUCAAGCUGGCACGUAUGCAGAAGGAGAUCGAAGAUAAGACCAGCGCAGAAUACCAACGACAAACUUGGGAGGCGCUCAGAAAGAGUAUCAACGGUUUGGUGAACAAAGUUAACGUGGGAAACAUCAAAAACAUCGUGGAGGAGCUCUUCCAAGAGAAUUUGGUGCGAGGUCGUGGUCUCCUGGUGCGUGCAUUGAUCCGUGCGCAGAUGGCUUCACCUGGCUUUACCCACGUUUUUGCAGCGCUGCUGGCGGUCAUCAACUCGAAGCUGCCCGAGGUGGGCGACUUGCUGAUCCGGCGCGUGAUUUUGCAGUUCCGCAGAGCCUACAAGAGGAAUGACAAGAUCGUCACGACUGCGGCGAUCAAAUUCAUGGCGCACUUGGUGAAUCAGAAGAUUGUAUCCGAGCUGCUGGCCUUGCAUGUGGCGACCCUGCUCUUGGAGCGUGUCACCGAGGACUCGAUCGAGGUUUGCGUUAGCUUCCUACAGGAAGUGGGACAGGCCCUAGAGGACCUGUCCAAAGCUGGCUGCCAAGCCAUCUUCGAACGGUUUCGCACCAUCUUGCACGAGGGCGAGAUCGACAAGCGAGUCCAAUACGUUAUCGAAGGGCUCUUCGAGACGCGAAGGAAGAAGUUUAGCGACCACCCCAUGGUCAUGGAUGAGUUGGACCUUGUGGAAGAUGAGGAGCAGAUCACACAUGAGGUGGAUUUGCUUGAUGAUACCAUCAAAGGAGAGGAGACUCUCAACAUCUUCAAGGCAAUUGCGCCAGAGAACUAUGCGGCCGAGGAGGCCAAGUGGAAGCUGAUCUCCAGUGAGAUCUUGGGUUUGGAGCAGGAUGAUGGCAGCGACAGCAGCGAGGACUCGGAUGAGGAAGCUGAUGCUGCAGCGGACCGUCGAGCUCAGGAGAAGAUCUUGGAUUUCACUGAGCAGGACCUGGUGAACUUGAGGAGGCAGAUCUACCUCGUCAUCAUGUCCUCCGUACAUUACGAGGAGUGUGUUCACAAAAUCCUGAAGCUCAACAUUGCCGAGGGUCAGGAGAAAGAGGUGUGUACCAUGCUCAUUGACUGUUGUGCAAUGGAGAAGAUGUUCAAUAGGUUCUUCGUACUGCAGGCAGAGCGACUUUGUCGCCUGAAUCCUGUAUACCAGGACAACUUCACCGAGAGUUUCGGAGUUCAAUUCAACACUGUGCACAGGUUAGAGACGAACAAGCUCAGGAACAUCGGGAAGUUCUUCGCUCAUCUUCUCUACACGGAUGCCAUCCCAUGGAGCAUUUGGGCGCAGGUGAAGAUUAGUGAAGAGACAACGACGUCGAGUUCACGUAUCUUCAUCAAGGUGAUCUUUCAGGAGCUCUCAGAACAGUGGGGGGUCAAGAAGCUGGUGGAUCGCUUGCGUGAAGAUGAGCUGAAGCCUUUCUUUGUUGGACUUUUCCCCAAGGACCAUCCAAAGAAUGUGCGCUUCGCCAUCAACUACUUCACGGCCAUCGGUCUUGGAGUUCUCACAGAGGACCUCCGCACCUUCCUAGAGCAAGCGAAUGCACAAGCUGCAGAAGAUGCUCAGAGGGCUGCAGAAGAGAGGGCGGUGGAGGAGGAGUCCUCGUCGUCCUCGUCGUCGGACUCGUCGGACAGCUCCGACUCGGACUCCGACUCCGACGACUCGGACAGCUCUGACAGCUCCGACUCGUCGUCCUCUUCGGAGUAGGAACCGACCGCUCCGACACGUCCAGGACCCCAUGGUCCAGGACCACGCGCCGGAAAAAGAUGCUAAAAA